AUGAUUGUGACUAGUCUUUUGGCGCUGCUCAGCAUUUUAUACUUCCCUGGAGAGUCGGUUCACGAUGAAAGACAGCAGCAGCAGACAGCUGUGCCGCAGCGGCAGCAGUUGCUGCUGCAGCAGCAGCAGCAGCAGCAGCAAUUGCUGCAGCAGCACCACCUGCAUCAGUUACAACUGCAGCAGCUGCAGCAGCACCAGCUACAACAGCAACAGCUACAGGAGCAGCAACAGCAUCAGCAGCAGCUACAGCAAGAGCAGCAGCAGCAGCAGCAGCAGCAGCAGCAGCAGCAGCUGAUCCAUCUACAGCUACAAGAGCUGCAGCAGCAGGAAAUACCUUCGCUGCAGCAGCCGCAGCAAGAGUUCGAAGCAAUGCAGCAGCAGCUGCUGCAGCUGCAGCAGCUGCUGCACCAACAGCCGCAGCAAGACCUGCAGCGGCAGCAGCUGCUGAGCACGCUAGCAGCAGCAAUAACAGCAGCACCAGUAUCGACUGGAGCACCAGCAGCAGCAGCAGCAGCAACUGCAGCAGCACCAGCAGCAGCAACUGCAGCACCAGCAGGAGCAGCAACUGCAGCACCAGCAGCAGAAACUGCAGCACCAGCAGCAACUGCUGCACCAGCAGCAGCAGCACCAGCAGCAACUGCAGCGCCAGCAGCAGCACCAGCAGCAACUGCUGCACCAGCAGCAGCAACUGCAGCAGCAAGUGCAGCAGCAACUGCUGCACCGCUGAGCACCGAUGAAGCAACAGAAGAGGAGACAGCCAAUCGAAGAGAUAAUCAACGCAGUAAGAAAACAAAAAAGAAAAAAUAA